AUGUAUUUAUUGCUAGUCCUCUUUAUUUCAUUAUUGCAGGUAUGUUUUACUCAAUAUGGUGAACCAUCAAUUGAAGUCCAACCACCUGCACCACCACCAUCGCCAGAUUAUGUCCAGUUGCAUCAAUCAUCGGCAGUGGUUCAACAAAGGCCAUUCCCUCCAGUUGCACCAAAAAUUACUGCUUCAUUACCAAAGCCAGCACCGUCCAUUAUAUCCCAGCAAAAACUGACUCCGACAGCAGCCAAGGUUGUUCAAUCUCCACCGAAGUCCACAAAAAGGCCUGUUGCACCUCCACCGUCUCCACAAGGAGUUGACGCAAUUUUAUCCCCAGUAAUACCUUUGCAAAAAACUACAAUUCUUCGUACCAAGCCUGCCAUUCUAAAGGAGUCUCUAAAACCAUCAGAAGCUGAAUCGGAAACUAUUCCAUCGCUAAAAAUGCUAGAAAAACCAGCCGUAUCCACAGUGCCCGUUGAACCAAUCAGCAUCCCUCGACUAAGGCCAAUUUCGCCCACAUUCGAAGCAGAUCAACCAGAAGAUAAAGGAGUCAAAAUAGAACAACUAAUAUCAGCUACUGAAUCUCCGGCAGAAGAAGAAUUCCGCUAUCAUGAUUGUAUUUCUGAUACGCUUUUUGUCGUCGAUUCGACAAGUUCAGUACAAAAAUUCUUCGAAGACCAUCGCCAAUAUGUUCUAAACACAGUGGAUAUGUUGGAAUCAAUCAGUGAAAAUGGCACACGUGUAGCAGGUUUGCUUAUCUGA